AGUUUACGCUUCCAUAAAUGCUAAACGAAUGUCCCGGUACAGAAAACGUCACCAUGGCAAUCAGUACACACUUUAUAAAUAAAUAAAACGUAUAAAAACACUUUAUGAUGUGUUAUGUGUGAUGAAAAGCCAACUUUGUGGCGGUUAUCUCACCGAAACCUACAAUUUGCAAGAUUGGAAACGUUCACAGAACAAGUGUGAAACAGUUUAGAUAGUGUCCUGAUUAAAAGUCAGUUUUCACUCAAAAAGACGUCGCAUAACGGUGUUGGUGUUACGGAAGUAUUUACAACAGAAAGUUAAUUUCAUGCAUCGCUUUCUUCGUAACCGACACGCAGGCCUGCAAGUUAGCACGUUAGUUAAUUAGCUAGCUAUAUAUUUAUAUGUUAGGAACAUAUAUACACAUAAAAUCAGACCUUGUACACAAGCAAUGUCACCUCAGCUUCAUCUCAGCUAGUGAGAUUAUUAAAACCUCCAUGGGAAUGAUUUCUCAAUCAACGUAGAGUUAUUGCUGACGUCGAUGUGACGAAUUUAUUUUGUUGUUGAUCAUUAAAACGCUCGGAAGUUCUCCAGCGCAGAAACGAGGAUGUUCUUUAUACUUCAUGGUUCAGGAUUAUCUGCAGCGUUUACGUAUGAAAGUCUGGGAUAGAUCACGCGGUGUGAUUUAUUUCUAUGCUAGAGCAAGUUCUGAUCAUCGAGCACACUGUAAUUUCAUAUUAAUGACGUUUAACUUUGUUUCCUUCAAACUAGGUAUGAAGAAGACGAUAUCACAUGUACGGUCGGUCAGCUCCAGAAUUAUUGACACGCUUGGUACAGAUGGUCAAAAACAAAACAUGUAAAAAAAAAAAAAAAAGCAUAAUGUGAACGUGCGUCAUUACAGUUUACGUACAGCUUUGUUGGCAUAGGGAUUUCUAAAGGGUGCCAAUAUUUCUGACACGAGGUGUUUUUAUUUAUCUUAAAAUUUUAAUUAAAAGUUAGAUUUCUCUCGUGUUUUUCACAGUCUGCGAUUUAAACUGAUAUUAAAAGACUUCUUUUUUUUUUUUUUUUUUUUUCUUGCCCAGUCCAUUUUUACUGAGGGUGCCAAUAAUUCUGGAUCUGACUGUAAAUAUUAGCAGCGUCUCUUCUUUGCCCAGCUAAAGGUUAUCCGAAAAUUAACUAAAAUAAAGUUGUUGUUUUUAAAAAUAAUAAUAAUAAAUAAACAGACACAACUUAAUUUCCAAUUAGAUUUUUCCAUGUUUGUGUUAUUUUUCAUUCAAAAUGAAUAAUUAUAUAAACAAACAAACCGCUACUAAAUUAACACAUCAUUCUUUAUUUCCAAGAAAAACAAAUAAAACAUUAAAUUAAUAAAUAAAAUUAAAAAAUCUAAAUAGAUAUAUAUUUUCCAAAUUGUGUGUGUGUACACACCAUAUACACGCUUUAUUUUUGCGCACUUUAUUUGCAUAUGCUUUUAUAAAAAAAAUUCCACAGGGUUACUUGUGACAAAGUGCAGCCAUGUGAACAUCAAUAAAUUAUUAACCCUGAGCCUGAAAGUUUAUACAACCUCUGUGUGUGUGUGAGAGAGAGAGAGAGAGAAGAGAGAGAUGCAUUGUUAGUAAGGUAAUGUUAAUGACGGAGUGAGUGUGUUGUAUGUCGCAGUAAUCAGCUCUGUGUAGGAGUCGGACCGUGAAACAGGAAAGUUUAGAUCGGAUUUGAGUCUGACAGGAGCGCUGAAUAAACUGGAGUAAUGAGUGAGGAAUAAAGAGUAAUGAGUAAUGUAAUGUGACUGUAGUGUAGCUCUCAGCUCGUCCUAGCAGAGCCUGAGGUGGGACGAGCGAUGGUCCGUGUCGUUUGCAGGUCGCAGGCCCAGCGUUGUUCAUGGCCACCAGCGUUCCCAAACCAGGCCCUGAAAAUGGCCAGCCCAUGAAGGCUCAACUGCAGAUCACUGUGAUGUCUGCCAAGCUGAAGGAGAGCAAGAAGAACUGGUUCGUUCCCAGCCUGUAUGUGGAGGUGACUGUAGACGGCCAGUCCAAGAAGACGGAGAAGUGCAGCAACACCCACAGCCCCAAGUGGAAGAACCCUCUCAUUGUGAUCGUGUCGCCCUUCAGCAAGCUGAACUUCCGCGUGUGGAGCCAGAAGGCGCUGAAGUCUGACCUACUCUUGGGCACGGCCACGCUCGACAUCAGCGAGGCGCUCAAGAGCAACGACAUGAAGCUGUGUGAAGUGACGCAGACGCUGACACUGUGCGCAGACAAGGAGCAGACGGACGUUGUUGGAGAUCUGUUUGUUCAUCUGGACGGCAUGCAGGUCGACCCGGAAGCGUUCGCCUCCGCUGAGGCUAAUAAUAACACCAUGUCAAACGGAGAGUCACAGCAGAGUGAGGACGUCAGCACGAGGAGGAGCAGGGAGGGUUCUCCGAACAUAGCAGGCGUUCCUAAUGGACGUGCCGUCAACGGAACCGGCUCUCCCUCCAUCUCAAAUCGAGGGUCACGACCCCAGCGGCCACCCAGACCCUCUCGACCACCACCACCAACCCCACACCGACCGCUGUCCUCUCCGGCAUGCCCCUCUAAUGCUUCAGUCACAGACGGCAGCAGCUCGACUCAGCCAGAGACGCCAGUGCGGAUCCCUGGCCCCACCCCUGGUCCUGCCCCUGGCCCCACCCCUGGCAUCUCUAUUGCACCUCUGCCCAACCAGAUGCCCAUCACCAACACCGGGCCUCUGCCACCAGGGUGGGAGCAGCGGCAGGAUCAGAGCGGACGUGUGUACUUUGUGGACCAUGUGGAGAAGAGGACGUCGUGGGAGAGACCUGAGCCUCUGCCUCCUGGUUGGGAGCGGCGCCUGGACCAGUCGGGACGUGUGUAUUUUGUGGACCACGUGAGCCGGACAACGACGUGGCAGCGUCCCACUGUGGAGACGGUGCGCAACUACGAACAGUGGCAGCACCAGAGGAGCCAGUUACAGGGGGCCAUGCAACAGUUCAACCAGCGCUUCAUCUGCGGCGUGCAGGAUCAGGCUGCAGCCCCUCAGAAUAAAGAGUAUGACCCACUCGGUCCACUGCCUCCCGGAUGGGAGAAGAAAAAGGACGCUAACGACCGAGUGUAUUAUGUGCACCACCCGACUCGCUCCACGCAGUGGGAGGAUCCACGCUCUCAAGGGCUGCUGAACGAGAAGCCGCUACCCGAGGGCUGGGAGAUGAGGUUCACUGUGGAAGGGAUUCCGUACUAUGUGGAUCACAAAAGGAAAACCACCACCUACAUCGACCCGCGGACGGGAAAAUCAUCAUUUGAAAAUGGCCCUCAGAUCACCUACGUGCGUGACUUCAAAGCCAAAGUUCAGUACUUCAAAUUCUGGUGUCAGCAAUUAGCGCUACCACAGCACACCAAGAUCGCAGUGAGCCGCAAAUCACUUUUCGAAGACUCCUUCCAGCAGAUAAUGAGCAUCAGUCCCCAAGACCUUCGCCGAAGACUGUGGAUCAUCUUCCCCGGGGAGGAAGGACUCGACUACGGUGGUGUCGCAAGGGAGUGGUUCUUCUUGGUGUCCCACGAGGUGCUGAACCCCAUGUACUGUCUGUUCGAAUACGCUGGCAAGGAUAACUACUGCCUGCAGAUCAACCCGGCUUCAUCCAUCAACCCAGACCACCUCAAAUACUUCCGAUUCAUCGGACGCUUCAUCGCAAUGGCUUUGUUCCACGGGAAGUUCAUCGAUACAGGCUUCUCGCUGCCAUUCUAUAAACGUAUUCUUAACAAGCCUCUGACUCUGUCAGACCUUGAGUCCAUCGACCCCGAAUUCUAUAAUUCACUCAUCUGGAUCAGAGACAACAAUAUUGAGGAGUGUUGUCUGGAGAUGUUCUUCUCAGUGGAUAAGGAGAUCCUCGGGGAAGUCACGACGCACGAGCUGAAACCAGACGGAGGCAACAUUCAGGUCACAGAGGAGAACAAGGAGGAGUACAUCGGGAUGGUAGCAGAGUGGAGGUUGUCCCGAGGUGUAGAAGAACAGACGCAAGCUUUCUUCGAGGGCUUUAACGAGGUCCUGCCUCAGCAAUACCUGCAAUAUUUUGAUGCCAAAGAACUCGAAGUGUUGUUGUGCGGGAUGCAGGAAAUCGAUCUGGCAGACUGGCAGAGACACACCAUCUACAAACACUACACACGCACCAGCAAGCAGAUCGUGUGGUUCUGGCAGUUGGUUAAGGAGAUGGAUAACGAGAAGCGAAUGCGUUUGCUGCAGUUCGUCACCGGCACCUGCCGUUUACCCCUGGGCGGGUUUAAUGACCUCAUGGGGAGUAACGGCCCACAGAAGUUCUGCGUUGAGAAAACGGGGAAGGAGAAUUGGCUGCCCCGGAGUCACACGUGCUUUAACCGCCUAGACCUUCCUCCGUAUAAAAGCUACGAGCAGCUAAAGGAGAAACUGCUGUUCGCCAUAGAGGAGACCGAGGGCUUUGGGCAGGAGUGACACACACAGACGAUAUAAUACCAUGAUGCAGCACAGAAACAAAUUCUUCUCGUUAGAUCUGGAGAAAUCUGGAACGAUGAGCUUUUUCUAUUUCAUGUCCGUGGUUCUCAUUUCCUUCUUAACAUGGGAUUAAAUCUAUUUUUACUGUUGGUCAAAGAAAGAAAAGAUCACCACAUGACCAACUAUAAACUCUCUUAAUUUGUUAAGAGCUGAAAUUAUUCACCUGACUACCGGGAGUUGUUUGGGCAUGAACAUAUUUGACAGGAUCAGGAUUGUGGGCAUUUAGUUGUAAUAAAAGUUUAGAACUUUUUACAAUUUAAACAAAAUAAAAUAUGGUGGUUAUAUUGCUAUAUUAUUUAUAUAUAACUGCAGUCUUUUGGCGACAUCAACCGGGAUCAGUCGCACGACCCAACAGAUGGUUUAGAGACUGGCUGGAAAAUGAUUGUGUUGCUUUGUGCAGCUCUACUUAUAAAAUUACUUAUCACUAAUCCAGAUUAUAAUUCUGUUAUGAAGUAACCGAGUGCUUUCAGAAUGAUCUGCGCAUUUCUCUCCUGAAGAGAGAAAGCAAGACAGAGUCUCGUUCUAAAGUCAUGCUAGAGAAACACAAAUGU